AGACUCAAGAACACAGGUCACCAAACCAGUGUUUUAAAAACAAUUUUUUUCUUAAAACACUAAAAUUGUGACUCAAGGUCGUCUGGGUUUUCAGUGAAUAUUAUAUUAAUCUCAAUUUUGUGAACCAUACAGUAGUGGCCACUAGUUUUUGGACCAUCUUUCAAGUCACUCUUCCAUCAUAAGUGCUUCACUCAUCUACGUUCACUGAUGGGUGUUUUCGAAACGCCGUAUACCAUAGUAACAACAUCAAUUCUCUGUGCGCUAACAAGUGUUAUAUGUUCUUGUCGUGCAGAAGAAUUCGGAGGACAGUUCACAGCAGUGGCGGAUGGUCUUGCUUUACUUCCAUGUAACAUCACAAUACCGAGGUUUCAAGACGCUAUUUCCUUGAUUAUGUGGUACAAAGGAACGUCUGAAGUUCCUAUUUACACCGUGGAUGCCAGAAAAGGUACAUUGAGAAAUGCACUUCAUCUUGUAGCAGAUGGACUGCGUCCACGAGCUCAUUUUGAUAUCACCGAACACACACCUUUACUGAAAAUCGAGCCUGUCCGGGAGAAUGACGCUGGGAUGUACAGAUGCCGAGUUGACUUUCGAUGGUCACGAACCAUGUAUCAAGAAGCCAGGCUUAACGUCGUUGUUCCGCCUAGAAGAAUCUUUAUUUUAAACAUGAACGAAGAAAGAGUACAAGGUAGCAUUGGACCAUUUCAGGAAGGAGACACUUUAGCACUCACGUGUGUGGUUCAAGGUGGGAAUCCCAUGCCAACCGUGACAUGGUGGAAUGACACAGACGUGGUUGAUGAUACCUUUACAGUUGUAAAUCAGGAUUCUAUUCGUAACGAAUUCGUCAUCCAGAAUUUACGAAGAGAGAAUCUUUUCUCUGAAUUCACCUGCCAGGCGUCGAAUAGCAAUUACACAGAGCCCGUCACCAGUACUGUAAUCCUGGACAUGUACUUAAGACCAAUUGCCGUGGAAAUAUUAUCACCCAAACGUCCUCUAGCGGCAGGAAAAAGUACACAAAUAUUAUGCCGUUCUGUUGGAUCACGACCAGCGGCAAACAUUUAUUGGUGGAAAGACCGAAAAAAACUGACAUCAUCUGCUAUCAUUGCUCGAGAGGGAAACUAUACCAUCAGUAAGUUGACAUUCACACCCGAGAUGGGAGACAAUGGCCGCUACUUAUCUUGCUUGACGGAAAACCCUUUACUUCAUAAUACAAGGAUGGAACAGGGAUGGAUACUGAACGUUCGCUAUGUUCCAGAGGUUACUUUAAAACUGGGUUCCAACCUUCAAGCGGAUACCAUUGUGGAAGGGAAAGACGUGUACUUCGAGUGUCAUGUUCAAGCCAACCCUUGGGUUGACGACAUUGUCUGGCUACACGAAGGGAACCCCAUCCGGAACAAGCAUAACGAAGGGAUCAUCAUCAGUAACCAAAGUCUGGUUUUACAACAUAUCAAGAUUACAUCAAGAGGGAAAUACCAAUGUAUAGCAUAUAACAGCGAAGGGUCGGGAAGAAGUAAUGAAGUUGAAAUCAAUCUAAAAUUUAUUCCAAUGUGUAGUGACUCUCGAGAAAAGGAUUACCGACUUGCGAGAAAUGAAAGCGUUACGAUUCCUUGUGUGGUCGAUGCUAAUCCGUCUGAUGUGGAAUUUUACUGGAAUUUGAAUAAUUCACGAGAACUGGUGGACAUUCAUUCAUUUUCUGUCAACGGUUCAAGAAGUGAACUUGUAUACAGACCUAGGGGUGACAACGAUUACGGAGUUUUGCUCUGUUGGACAAGAAACACUAUUGGUGUACAAAAAGAACCUUGCGUAUUUAAUAUUAUAUCUGUAGGAAGACCUCGUCCGCUGCAGAACUGUGUCCUCUUCAAUAUCUCGGCAAGAGGAUUUUCUGUGCGAUGCAAGAAAGGCUACGAUGGAGGCCUGACUCAAAGGUUUCAUCUAGAAAUAUACAGUUCGUUAAAAGAAAGAGUGUUUUCAAACAUGACUCAAACUAUAUCACCAACGUUUCUUGCGACGAACCUGCCUCCUUCAACAUCGUUCACUCUAGUGAUCUAUGCUUCGAAUAUGAAAGGAAAAAGCGUUUCUGUUAUACUGACUGCAACUACAACUCCCGCAACUCAAGAACUUAAAGGAGAUUUAAAUACUCCAGCGAUUAGUCCAACCCUUGCCAUCAUAAUUGGUGUUGUUGGAACAAUUGUUGUUUUAGCUAUUGCCAUAUUAAUUUUUACAAGAUGCCACCGAAGGCGAAACAGUACAGGUCAGCGCAAAGAAGGACAAAAAGAAAGGCAAACACCUCUACAUGACUGCAUUGAUCCAAACUUUUCUAGUAAACCCAAACCAGAUGAUUUAGAUAGUCCUACUGAAUUAUCUCUAGGNAAUGGCAAGAUACCUCGAAGAAGAGAGCUUAGUCCAUAUUAUGGGCUUCCAAUGGAAGAUUCACCAAUACACAACAUUAAAACCACUUUACAAGAAGGAAACCGUAACUUAAAUUACCCACUGGAUACAUGUGGCACAGUCGGAUGGGGUACUGCAAUGUCUUCUGUUUGACGAAAAAGGAAAUGUUAAAUCUACUGUAGUAUGAAUCAAGCCACUUUAAGUAACUGUACUGUUCUCGUGAUAUUUUUGCUUGGAUUGUAAAUUAUGAAGUGCCUGCAUUUCGAAAGAAGAAGAGAUAAUUGAAAAUUGUUUCAAUAUAUAGUUCCAAAGGCCACUGUUGAAGGACAUUUUCAAGAAAUAAUGUUUUGCUAAUAUCGUGUGAUCUCUUACUUACUGAUGGCUAUAAAUAUAAUCUCAGGUUUUUCAGAAGCUAUAGUAUGAACAUAGAAAAAAAAUUUAGUUUAUUUUAUUAAUUUAAGAUUUAUUUCAAACAUCGAAAGUCCUAUUUUACAAUUAUUUAUCUGUCUUUUUUUAGUCUGUAUUAAUUUGAAGUAAAAAGAGAAAAAGGAUCGUAAUUUCUGUAUUUGACU